AUGGAUUAUUAUAAAUCCUUAACACCACUGGCUUGGAAAAGAAUGGAUUUUAUGAAUUUCCUCAUGAAAUAUGAAGGUCACAUCGUAAAUCUUGACGUCUUUUAUGCUAACUGCAGCAUAUCUAAAUUGCACCCUCCAGACUGGCAAUGGGUAUUUUCUGUGCUCCCAUAAUUGUACUCAAGAUAGAGUUCACCAUCAAACCUAUAGCAGGUUUCUUGUUGGGAAUUUGACAGCAUUUUGUGAGAAGCAGAAGAAACAGCAUGAAAAGCAACCUGGUAUCCUUGCAAAGUCUUCACAACCUUAGUUCAGAUGACCAUCUCUGGCUUCAUUUGGUCUUGAAACUCGAUGAAGAUGGGAAUGUAACUACUGUGGAUGCCCAAUAUGUACUCAAUGGCAGACAGUUAACAAAGAAUGACACAAAAGUUUUGCCCAUUCUCAUUCAUCCUGUUGUACCUGAAAACAUGACUGUUAGCUCUGAUGGCCUUAUGGAGGUGCUAAAAUAUAUUGUUGUGCAGCUCUGGAAAGACUUCAGAAAGGAGUUAAUUCCUAUUCUAAAAAGAAAUGGCACACCAGAGACUACAACAUCAUUAUCAUCAUUAUCUACAGAACCUACAACGCCAUUAUCAUCAUUACCUGCAGAGACUAAGACACCAACUCUAGAAACUAUUAAAUCGUGGGCAAUUGCAAUAUCAACAGUCAUCCUAGUGCUUCUCGUUCCCAUUGGUGUCUGCAUAAAAUACUUUGGAAAGGUUCGGGGUAUAUUCACCUGGAUUUAUCAGUGGAUGAAGCAUUGCUGGAAGAGAUGUCAUCCGGGAACAAGGAACUCAUACACCAGUGACAGUGUAAUUUACAGACCAGCUGUCCAGACCGAAGCCAAAGCUGAAGGUGAUCCAAACAUGAUGGGAAGUCCAGAAAGAGAAGAUUACUUGACCACUUCUAGCUGA